CAGGGGUUGGUAAUCUAGAGUUGAUGAUAGGUUCACUGGGAAAAGGGUUGGCAUUUUACAAUGAAAGCAUAAAGUACAUAUAGAGUCCAAAUAAAAAAGACCUGGAUAUAUCAGCUUUGCACAUUUCCUGUUCUAGAAUCAUCACAAGAGAAAAAUAAGUUGUGCUAAAAGAUUGUGAGCCCUCCUCCUAACAUGAUGCCGAAUGCUGAAGGCAUGUCCCAUAUCAUACCCAAUCACGUUCUGAGAGUGGGUCAAACAAUACGUCUGGACCCAGAACAGGAGACGGUGACUCCGUGUUCACGGCCAAGCAAGCCCAGCAGUCACCUUGGCAACAUGGAUCUGAACAUUUCUCUUGAUAAUCUCAACCAGCUAAUGCUUGAACUGGAUCCAACCUUUGAACCAAUUCAGGCCAACAAAAACCAUUCGUGCAUCAGUCCAGCUGCAGAAGGAUACUGCUCCUCACCCACAGUGUCUCCCAGUAUCCCCAUCCCCAGACCUGUCAGUGUCAGCUUCAGUCCCUCGGGCACGCUGGUCUUUGCUGACUCCCCCUCCUUUUCCCGGCCUCUACUGCCAUGUGGGAGUGCACCCAAAAGAAAUCCCCCAAUGAGGCAUGACAUAUCGUCUUCUCAAGGGUCCCUUCGCUUGUCCUAUUCAAAUAGGAACAGUGCAGCCUCACUACUCUCGACAUCAACAUGUUCAGAUACCAGCUACAUCCUGGGAAGCACCCUGUCUUUGGCCAGUGAAGAUGCAGAAGGGUCAUUUGUCUCACUCAGUGAUGGGUACAGGACAGGGCAAUCUAUGACCCAAGAUGGGUCAGAUAAGCGAGGACAGGAGAUGCCAAGCAACUGCUCAAUGAGUAGUCCUGAGCAGUCGCUCUCUGGUUCUUUUACUGAUAUUCCACUGUUGCUCAUCAAUGGCAUACCACACCAGGACAACAAGAAAUCUCCUACAACGGAUGACGAAGUACAGAAGCCAUUUGUUCAUCACGGCCACUUAGGUGGGAAUCAGUCAUCAAUGAAAUUUGUUAUGGACUCUUCAAAGUUUUGGUUCCGUCCGCAUAUAAGCAGAGCAGAAGCUGAGGCCUUUGUGAAGGACAAAGAACCAGGAACAUUUGUGGUGAGAGACAGUACUACAUACAGAGGAAGUUUUGGUCUUGCCAUGAAGGUUGACCAUACAGUAACUGGUUCUUCAGCUACUGCUGAUAUGGGAGAGGGCAGGUCUCAGUUUGUCAAACACUACCUUAUCGAAUCAACAGCAAAGGGUGUUCGCCUCAAAGGCUCUUCUCAGGAACCGUACUUUGGAAGUCUUUCUGCUUUGGUGUACCAGCAUACUAUUUCCACUUUUGCUUUACCCUGCAAAUUGCUGCUCCACUCCCAAGGGCAAGGUGGGGAAGAAGGUAGAAUAACAGACAAAUCACCCUCAGAGGAAAAGAAUGGAACAGCCUGCAAUUUCAUCUACCUGAAUGCUAUCCCCACUGAGAUGUUGACAGGACCUUGCGCAGUCGAGAGGGCGGUCUCCACAACACUCCAACUGCCAUCAGGCUCCUUUGAACCUGUCAUAGUCAACCUGAAAGUGUCUUUGAAGGGCAUCACACUCACGGAUAUCAACAGAAAGCAGUUUUUCAGACGUCAUUACCCCGCUCACCUGCUUAGCUAUGGUGGAAAUGAUCCAGAAGAUCGAAGGUGGAGAAAAGGUUCACAUUUUGGUGCAAGGAUGUUUGGGUUUGUGGCAAAAGGUGUGGAAGCUGGCAUGGAGAACAUCUGCCACGUCUUUGCUGAAUAUGACCCUCUACAGCCCUGCAGCACAGCUGUCAAUGUUAUUCAGGCUAUCAUAGCCAAAUAAUAGGUGCGCCAUACUGAAAAAACAGCAAACAUUACUUUGUACAGACUUUCCAUAUUAUGUAUAUUUUCAGGUUACUACUAAUGCAGUGGUUCUUAACCUGGGUUCGAUCGAACCCUAGGGGUUCGGUGAGUCGGUCUCAGGGGUUCAACAGCGACUCCACUGAGGAGGUCCGAACAAACCUGAUUUAAUGUUUAAAUUCUGAUUUGCCAGUAUGUUAUUAGUUGUGAGUUCAUGCAUUGUGUUGGUUUCGUUCGUUGAACAAGGUACCGUAAUUUUCGGACUAUAAGUCGCUUCGGAGUAUAAGUCGCACCAGGCAUAAAAUGCCCGAAAAUGUGAAAAACAAAAACCCAUAUAUAAGUCACUCCGGAGUAUAAAUCGCAUUUUGGGGGGCAAUUUAUUCGACCAAAUCCAACACCAAGAACAGACAUGAACGAACAACAACAGGCUAAACGAUACGGUAUGCUAACGUGACAAACACAAACGAGGAGCUGAGAACGGGCCUGACGUAACAUUCAGUUAUUUAAAAAAAACUAUUACAUGGAAAUAACACGUUUAUAAAACCAUCUGUGUCACUCCAAUUCAUUAAAUCCAUCAAUCGUCCUUUGUCAACAAUGCCGUGUGCCGCGCCGCAGUUCAAAUUAUUCCACAGGCCCAUACAACGAUAUAUAAACUAUAUUUUAAAUAACUAUCACAUAAACAAUAAUAUUAUCAAACCAUUUGUGUCACUCCAAAUCAUUAAAUCCAUCGAUCAAAUUUCUCGUCCUUUAUGUCAUCCUGGUGACAGAGGACAUGUCCAGAGGAUAUGGCGCUUUAAAGUGUUAAUUACUUUAUUUGAUUUUUUCUCUCUAUUUUUCAUGUUUUGAAUAUGUUCAAGAUAAAGAUAUCAAAGCAUGUGAAGUGAUCAACUAUACUAAAAAUAACAUGUGCAGUGGUCAACUAUACUUGUAAGUGAUGUGUUAAUGAUCAAGUAAAAACUUGUGGAAAAAAACAUAUAUAAGUCGCUCCUGAGUAUAAGUCGGCCCCCCACCCAAACUAUGAAAAAAAACCCCGCGACUUAUAGUCCGAAAAUUACGGUAAUGUUCAUAAACGGCUAGUUUUGCGCACCAUUAAAAAACUCAUAUGUCUUGAAUUAAAAAAUAAAUAAAUAAAUCACUAAUUCGAUGAACGCGCAUAUGAAACUGGUGGGGUUCGGCACGUCCAAGAGGGUUAAGAACCACUGUACUAAUGCUUGGAGUUAAAGCACCAUCACAUAGUAUUACCUUCAAGUAACAGCUUUAAAAUCAUUUGGAUGGCUACUGGCUUGUAAUAUGCAGAAGAGCUUCUGGCUCAUUGUCAUGGCAGAUCUGGAGAACCUACUUCAGCUGUCAUAAUACAGCUGGAGCAAUCAAAACACCUUUUGUGUUUUGUUAUUGCUAGUGAGGCCUUGGGUGGAUGGUACAAAGCUUGUACACACACGCUAAAAUAAUCAGACUUGUUAUGACAUCAACAUUUUCUGGGAUUGUCUAGCACUUCUUGGGCCUUGGUCCCUAUCAAAUCUGGGUUGGUAAAUUGGGAACAACUCUUUACUGUUGAUUUCAGUCAAAUUAUUUGCCGCAGUGGUUCAUAUAAGAUUUUGCUUUGCAACUUUGGCACUUUAGCAACCCUGAUAAUGGUUAAAUGGAUAAUAGAUUGUAUAAAAUAUGCCAACAAGGUCAAACUAUCUGGCUAGGUAAGGGAGGGUCAAAGGCAAGAUACAAGCCCCACACCCGCCCCACUAAUAGGGCAUUUGGGUCCUAUUCAGGGAGAGAAUGGGAAGCACAAACCAUUUUGAGGCAGUCUUGCUGUAGUUUUGAUCUUAAAAUAUUUCAUUUCAAAAAAUACAUCUAUUGCUCAUUUAAAAAGAACAUACUGUACAUAAAAGAAGUAGAAAUUCCUAAAAAAAAAGGGCAACAUAGAUGAAUACAAAUGUAUCGUCAUCACCUGUAUAAUAGGCACAUUUGGACUAAUUUGUGUAUGAAAAUACAGUGCAUUAAAGACACUUUACAGAAGACAGGAACGUUUGUAUGUUACAAACAAAAUGAUGCUUUAGUCAGCUUUUAUUAAUCUCGAUAGUGUACAGGCUACAAAUAAUCUGUGGCAUGAAACUAGCACCUUUCUUGUACAGCAUGAUGUUUUAUGCUAUUUGCGACAUAUUCAAUUCAGUGUUGGCAUGCUUUGUCUUAUUGAUUGUAAAAUAUUGUGAUGAAAGAUCAGAAUGUUUGGAAGAAUAAAAUCAGAAUUAAUUGCUAAUGUUAUCCCGAACCAAAAACAGAGAUGCACUAGAUCAUACUACUUAUUGCACUAUAUUGUAAACAGUGUAUUCUGCUUAUUACUGCCUGUGUACGUUUUGUCAUGAUAAAUUAACAUGUCAGGCUUGUCUCAAUCAAUGUGCACCAAUUAUGUGAAUUUAUCAUUUUCAGAGGAAGUCACUGUAAACAUACUGUGGCAAAGCACUUAGUGGUUAAGCAUAACUAUCAGCAUAUUCACUUUCUUUGUAAGCUGAAAACAAAAGAUUCCAUUUAGGCCUUCUUCUGAUGAAGAAUGUCCACAUCUUUAGGCAAAGUUAAGUCAAGUAGAAUUGCUUCGACAACAAAUUAAAAUGCUUGAAGUAGGAAACAUAAUUUAAUGGAAAUGAAAAGUGACCGUUAUUUACAGUGAAGCAUUUUUAUGUGACCACAAGCAAAUACAAAUAAAUGCAAUAAAAGAUGUAA